AAGCAGCCACUGAGGUGCCAAAGGAUCGCGUAGAAACAUCCCAACCUCCAGCAAGUAGACGGCUGGGUCCGUGGCUUACAUGCAUGGAUGGGAAGAAAUGCAGUGUAUGGAUGUUCUUACCUCUUGUACUGACACUGUUUACCUCAGCGGGACUGUGGAUUGUAUAUUUUAUAGCUGUAGAGGACAACAAAAUUCUCCCACUAACGGUGAAAGAAAGGAAACCAGGUCCCCUGAAGCCGCCUUAUAUAAGUAUUGCAGGUGAUGCCCCUCCUGCAAGCUGUGUGUUUAGCCAAGUCAUGAACAUGGCAGCAUUUCUAGCCCUCGUGGUGGCCGUCCUUCGCUUCAUUCAGCUAAAGCCAAAGGUCCUGAAUCCCUGGCUCAAUGUGAGCGGUCUGGUGGCGUUAUGCUUGGCCUCCUUCGGAAUGACUCUCCUUGGCAACUUCCAGCUUUCCAACGAUGAAGAAAUACAUAAUGUUGGCACUUCCUUGACCUUUGGGUUUGGCACCCUGGCCUGCUGGAUUCAGUCUGCGCUAACGCUCAAGAUAAACUUGAAGAAUGAAGGAAGGAAAGCUGGAAUCCCACGAGUUGUCUUGUCUGCAGCAAUAACCCUAUGCGUAGUCCUUUAUUUCAUCCUGAUGGGACAGAAGUUCCACAUGCACGCGUCGCGGAUACAGUGGGGCAUGGUGAUGUGCUUCCUCUGCUUCUUUGGCACCUUUGCGGUGGAGUUCAGGCACUACCGGUUUGAGAUCGUUUGCUCCGAGUACCAGGAGAACUUCCUCAGCUUCUCCGAAAGCCUGUCCGAAGCGUCCGAGUAUCAGACGGAUCAGGUGUGACCCAG